GAGUUAGUGGAAAAUGUGUGUUAAAAUUCAGAUUUUAGCGGUGCACCUGAAUUUUAGACACAAACCCAUUAAAGUGGGCAGAUUUUGUUGAAAAAAAAGCGAGUUACUACUUAUUAUUAGAGUUAAUUUGUGAGAAAAUAAGAGAAAAAUUAUGGGGGAGCAUAUGAAAGCUGAAGAUUGGUUGCCUGAAGGAUGGAAGGUUGAGAUCAGAAUCAGAAAAAGUGGCAAAAAAGAUAGAUACUACACUGAUCCUGUAAAUGGGUAUAUAUUCCGGUCUCUGAAGGACAUCGAUCGAUAUCUUCUGUCCGGAAAGCUAGGAAAACACGUAACCAAGAACAAACUAAAGAACAUAUACAGUGGCAAUGAAAGAUUAGACUUCGCUCAGCCAACUGAUAACGUACAAGUGAUAAAGAAAUCGGCCGAGUUCAAUGAAGCCGAGAAGGUUGAAUUCGCUCUUGAAAUAACUGAUGCUCAAGGAAAGAAAACGGAAGCUGAAAACUCAGAAGAAGCCGAGAAGAAAACCAUUAGAAGGCCUUCGAAAGGAGGGCGAAAUUCUAGGCCCAAGAAAAAAAGAGAAUCAACUCCAUUCUUUAUACUUGAUCCAGAUCAAUGUCAGGAUAGUAACGCGCUCAGCAUUCCUAAUAUAUCAGAAAUCAUAGAUUCAAUGCUUAAAGAGAAAGAAGGUUCUAAAUCGGUUUAUCUUUCCGCUCCAGAUAUUGGUUCCCUCAUCGGUGAAAAACUGUCCGAAAACAGCUCUAAUGACAGCAAUAAGAAGCUUCAGUUUGGCAUCAAUAUGUGCAAUAACAAUGGUACAAGCCCUUGUAUUCCUCCCGAGCUCAUACUAAAGAACGAGGAUUGGGAAGCGAGGAGCCUAAUGAGGCCAUAUCAUAGGCGACAAUCGGCCCCUGAGAAGUGCAGCAAAAUUAAUACGGAGAAUCAAGGCAAGGAAGAGGAGUUGGGAUGCUCGGGUUUUGUGGACCUGUUUGAUGAUCCAUGUAUCGAUUUUGCGAUUAAAACACUCACCGGAAACAUUUCGCUGAAUGCAAAAACUUGAUACAUUUUAUGUCAAAAUCUGGAACUAGUGCGGUAAAUAAGUUGCGAUAAGGGCCUAGUGUAAUGAGUAAUGACGAUAUUUAAGAUUAUUAACAGUAGUAUUUGAUGUUAAUUGUGAAUUUUCUAGUUAAAUUGUGUAAAUGGGAAUUUGUAGUUUCAUUUGAACAUAUGCGAGUUAAGUAG